AUGAACUCCCCUCGCGCUUGGUGGCAUUUGCCUGUGCCGUACGGCGAUGACAGUUGCGACGAAGCGAAGGCCAGUGAGCCAGGGACACCAGCUCGUUCUGUGAGCAGAGGAAGUGAUGGAACUGAAGAAGGCCUUUGUGCUGAAGGUCUUUGGCAAUCGAUGCGCCAAGCAAGCAGCACGAUGAGAUCGACGCAAAAUUCCCAACCAAAGCGCUUCCAGCAAGUGCUGAACCAAUGGAUCCGGCGGCCACCGGAUCAUGAGCGACUCCGGCGGUUGGCCAAGCCAGUGCAGCGAAAGUCGCAGGAAACUGGCUUUGAACUGACGCUGGUGCAUCCCAACAGGACCUUCGAUGCCACCCGCCUCGUUGAGCUGGCCAUGCCCAAGCAGGAAAGGAAGCCGAUACCUUUGGCUCCGCAGCUUCGCCGUCGCCUGAACUUGGGUCGCUUGAAGGAACUUGCCGAGCCACAGGUCUUCCUGUCCCUGGCGCUCGGGGCGCCGGACUUCGCAGAGGAGGCAAAGAAGGCUUCUGAAAAGGCCUGGGAACAUGCAAAGGAGGUGAAAAAAUCCUCGAAGGAUGCUGCCAAGAUUGCUGAAGAAGUGAAGGCUGCCGGUAAAGGUGCCAAAAAGGCUUUGAAAAAAGCCAAGGAGUUAGAUGCGAAAAUGACAGCUCUAUUUGAAUCCACACGAGAAGCCACUGUCCAAGCAGCAGCACAGGCUGCGAUGGCCUACUACGAAGAGGUGAAGAAGGCCGGAGCGCGGGCAGCAGCCAAGGCAGCUUCACCUGCAGUGCAAAUUGCCGCGAAAAAAACUGAAGAGACCAGAGUGGCCGAGGCAGCGAGUGAAGCAGCCAAGCCUUACCAUGAAGCACAGUUACGAGAUCGGAAGCUUGCUGCGGAUUACCAGCUUGAAGCCCAGGCGAUGAACGCGCAGGGCAACCAGCUACAGGUGGAAGGAGCUAGCUUGGCACCAAUUGCAGACAGCUAUCAGAAAGCAGGAAACGUGGAGGAAGCGAAUCAAAUGAUCCGAAAAGCACAUCUUUUGGUUGACCAAGGAUUGAAGUUGAAACGACAAGCCAAGAAGAUCCACCAGAACGCAGUUGAGCUCAACAACGCUCUGCCGCAGUAUGCGAUCGCUGAGCAGGCAGCGUCUCUUCAUGCAGCUGCGAUGGCAGCUGAACCCACCUUGCCGACCAAUGCCAUGGCCGCAGCGCUAUUUGAAUCAGUGGAGACGGAUGUCAGUUCAAGAACCAUUCGCAUGACAAACUUCCCAGCUGGGUGGCAAACUCUGGCUGAGGCACAACUAGUCGGAAAAAUCAAAGCGCUGCUACAAACCAUGGGGGGCUUGGAGCAACCGCCCUCUGUCUUGCGCGGGAAGCACGAUCAGUUGAUGGCCACAGCCACCUUCAGCGCUCGGGAGAGUGCCGAGAAGGCUGUGAAGACGUUGCAUGGUGUGGACAAUCGAACUGAAGCAGAGAAGCGACGCAUGAACUAUGCGGCGCCUCGCGAUGUCGACAAGUUUGCCGUCUUUCUGCUAGGUACUUCUCCUGAGCCGCGGGAGAUACGUGAGGAUGCUGGUCCUCCUUUGUUGCUGUACGUCGAUGAAAUCCGCCAGUUGGAGGAUGAGGCAGCCUGUGUUGUGCCAUCUGCCAAGGAGGUUUUCUUGAGGGACUUGCCUGUAGAGGCCGAUGGGAAUGCGGGCGGAAGUGGCUGGACACCGAGUCCUGAAGAAGUGCAAAAGGGUGAACUGGACGGCGAAUUCAUGGAGCUUUGCUUGCGCGUUGGUCAGUCGGAAGCAAAGCUCCUCCGUCCAAAGCGGGAGACGCUUCAGCUUCAAGUGAUUCCCAGCUGCAUAGAGCCUAUCUACAGCUGA